AAAAUAUAAUUUGACAAAUUCUACAACUUCAAUCGAUCUGAGUGCGUGCAUCAAAAAAAAAUUCAUUAGGGAAAACUGCCAUAUACAGUAUAAAAUUUAACGUGUAUUCUAUUUUGGUCAGAUUCAAAAUUUUAAUUUUGUAUAAUCCUAAUGUGUGGUCAGAUUCAAAUCGGUUGGUUUGUCUACCUCAAGGACAAAAGUAUAUCAAAAACUAAAAUAUAGUACAUGUAAUAUUUGCCGGACGUGAGCAUUUGUUGACUUUGAAAAUGCAGCUGAAAUGUAAUAAUUUAAUAAAUUAGGUUUGCCUUCGCAGACUGGUUUCGCCGGUCGGAAACAUGCCUUAAUUGGUGGACUCGCGCUUAUUUACAUAAACUAUCGGUUGAACCCGUUGUGCCAUCUUCGAUCGAUUUUGCUUAAUCUUUGAGCAUAUAAAAAGAAUGUGUAUGUUAUAAUUUUGAGCAAAAAAGUUUUGCACGAGAGAACAUCGUUAAAUAUUACUCCCUCCUCCAUUUCUAAAAGAUCAACGUUCUAGAGAAAACUUUUGUUUCAAAAAUAUACAUAUUUUAUAUUUUCAAUGUAAUUUUUGUUAACUAAUAAUAAAAAAUUGUGAAAUUUCAAUAAUUAAUUACAUUUUUUAAAAUUUAUUGGUUUUAAAAUUUAAAAAAUAUAAAAUUACAAAAAAUUAUAUAUUUAUAGCUAAAUUUCAAUAUGUUUUAUUAAAAAAUAUAAAAAUUCUAAAACAUAGAUCUUUUAGGAACGGAUAGAGUAUAAUUUUGUUUUUAUUUUUAUUAGGGAAAAAGACUUUGUUUUUGUUUUAUUUUCUUCUGUAUUUUCCAAGUCAACGCUUGGUUAUGGUUAGUUUUUUUUGGGGUCAAAGGUUACGGUUAGUUAAAAGUUAAAACCGUGUAUGCUUUGGUUGGCCUUCCAUCUUUCGUUCAUCACACUUGGUCAACGUAAAUCAGUCAUACGAUAUCACUUCUCAUUGGUUGGCUGACAAACAAAAGAUGCUUCCAAUUUAAUUUUAUACUAAUUUUACAGUUUGACUUCUUCAGAUUAAACUUUAGUCGGAAGCUUUAACCACAAGAAAGGAACUGCAAACUCAAGAUUGAGCUGAGGAUGAUUAUUCAAAUAAAUUGCUUCCAUGUAUUGGCUUUUUCAAGUACAAUCGUAAUUGGUAGAGUGAUUUCUAAGAACCUUUGAAUCUUCAAAAGUCAAAACAGGUUUUAAAAUGAUUGGAUAUGCCUGCAAUAAAAGCCGUGAAGAAAAGUUUGAUAUCGAUUUAUGGAUAGCACAUGGACUUUGAUACUAUAUAUGGGAAUGGGAAGAUAAGGUUUUGUUUGAUAUUUUUGGUGUAGGACAUAUUUCUGACUAGAUAUUUGUUUAAGCAUAAUCGAAAAUUGUAAAAGAAGAAGUCUAAUGUCAUAUGAACACAAGUUUUGACUUAAGAAAAAAGAGCGCAUGUGCACCUUCAAGUUCGCUGCAAGGUUCCAAACAACACACAUAUCUUAAACUUUUGAAAGAGUUAAUCCUUGCUGUUUAUUUGUCAACGCUCGAUAUCUUGAUUUGUAAUGUAUCCAUGAAAAUAGAAUUAUUAGAAAUUGGUCAAACAAUGUAACUUCUUGUUGUAUGUGAUUUUUUCAUAAAGCUAAUUGAUCAAAAGAAAAAGAAUUAACUACACUUACACUUACACAUGAUACAUGUUUAGUAAAUGUUCGUGUAUAAUUUUUGGAAUAUGCAUGCAUUGUGGUUGUGCCUUCACACGCACACUUUUGGUUUAAGAUCAUCUACAUCUUUUUUUUUGGUCAUCUACAUGUUAUUUUACAUUUCAAAGUAUUAUAUAUAUCCAAAGUAUGAUUCUACUGAUCAAGAUCACUUUAAUAUCAUGUAGGGAUAUACUAUAAGAUUGGAUAAUUCUAUAAGAAAUUUAACUAGCCUGCUAAUACUGGAUAUUAAAGUGAUAUUUAAUAGGAUCGUACAUAUUUUGGUAAAUACUAUUAUUAUAUUUUCCUUGUUUUCAUAUUUUAUCAACUCUUCUUGGAAGCCUAAGCGAAUCUUAGUCUCGUCAUCGAAAAUUAUAAUAACAGCUUUAAUAUUUGAAAGCAAAGUUCACUGAUCAGAUUCAUCAUAACUUAAGCCACAACUUCGGGAAUUUGAAUAUGCUAUCUUAAAUGUCUCUAAGGAUAUGCUUUGACUUUUGAACUCUUAUAUAUAUAGUUGAAACUGUGAUGAAUACAGAACCUUACAUAACCGCAAAGUUGUCACGAAACCAUACAAGGUGACAUCGCCGAUUAUACUAUUUGUUUACAAGUAUGCAGAGGUUACAGAUUAGUUCUCGGCCAUCCGAAGAGUUUCUGAUUAACCUCUUGCCGGAUUCUUCAAGCCCCGACGAUCUCUCGGUCUAUGACGUCGCCAAGAAGGACCUGAUGCUUCACAACAAUAGUUACAAGUCUGUCAAUGGAGAGAGAGCUAUUCACAUAAUCCCUCUUGUUCUCUUUCUAUGUGCUUUUGUUCUUUGGGCUUUUUCAAGUGCUCCUACUACUAGCACUAAUAACAUGCAAACGUAAAGCAACGACCUUUCGUUGAUUUGUGAAUAACGUUACGAUCUAUAAUUUUAAUUCGAAUAUUUGCCUAUAAUUGUAUUG